GGAAAGAUGUCGUGCCCCCAGACCUGUGGAGAGAUUAUAGUGGUCAUAUUCAAGGUCAUUCUUGUGAUCAUCUGUCUUCCUGUUCUGCUCGUAGUUAGUCUCGUAGGAAUUAUACUCGGUAUCCUGUGCUGCCCAUUUAAGAUAUGUUGUCCAUGCUGUGCGCCUUGCAUCGAGGGUAUCCUAGACGUCGUGCUCUUCCUCAUAGGGCUACCCUUCAAGUGUAUCAUAUGGGCUACAGUAGGGGGUGAAGAGGAGGGAGGCAAGGGGGUCAAGACACCGCUCGACCAAGGCACGACUCCGGCGACAACAUACGACGGGUCGGCGUCACAGCAGCAGACGGCUUUGAGCGCGGAUACGUCAAAAUAGACGUAUAAUUAUAAUUUGGCGGAUUUUCAGGGAAAAAAUGCAGCCGAACUUAAACUUCAUCAUGGUCACAUCUUUUGAAUCUAGAUGCACUGAAAAUACCAACAUCAAAAAUGAGUAAAAAUCAGAACCAGGGACGUUUGUUUAUUUCCUCUAUUCUUUGUUAUUUAUGUGUGGAGGGGCGGGGAUGAGAAAGAUUUAACAUAAAGAUAUUUUCAGUACUGGUAGCUUAACUAUUUAACUUUUUGUAGAAAACUGGAAUAAGUGACAACCACGGGAUUGAAACUUCGUUUGAACUUUACUAACCAGUGAUAUCAACCCUAAUAAUUUGACUGGCCUGUAGUAUACUUUGUUUCAAAAUGUUACAUUUCCUUUAUUGAUAGUUUAUUGUUUAUAUAUCAAAGGUUUCCAGGGCUAAUGCAGAUCA